AUCACAUAGCGGAAUAUCCGUCUGUCCCUAGAGACGGAUAUCGCAAUUUGCCCCCUGAUCAAGACCGACGAAACUAUGAGCUCCUUGAACGCAGCCGAGCUCUUCAAUGUCAAAGACAAGGUGGUGAUCGUGACGGGAGGCGGCCGCGGCAUCGGCAAAAUGAUCGCGGAUGGAUUCGUGCAGAACGGUGCAAAAGUGUACAUUGCGUCACGCAAACUCGAGGCGUGCCAAGCCGCUGCGAAGGAGCUCAACGCCAAGGGCCCCGGCAUUUGCAUCGCUUUGAAAGUGGAUCUGACGAGCGAAGACGAGUGCAAGGCGUUCGCGGCCGAAAUAAUCAAGAGGGAGUCACGACUCGACGUGCUCGUCAAUAACUCGGGUGAUGGAUCCGUCACUCCCGUUGAAAACACCCCAGCAUCCGUUUGGGGAGAAACUUUCGCUCUGAAUGUGACGUCGGCGUAUCUGCUAACGCGGUUCUUACUUCCUCUUCUCGACGCGGCUGCUACGUCAUCCGACGCUGCACGUGUCAUCAAUGUUGGAUCAGUGGGAGGACUCAUGCCGCAAAAGCUCAACACGAUGGUGUACGAUUCGUCCAAGGCGGCGCUGCAUCAUCUGACCCGCAUUCUGGCCGCUAAGCUCGCUCGUCGUCCAAAUGGCGGACAUAUUCUUGUCAACGCCAUUACGCCGGGAUAUGUCCCGUCGAGGCUGACUGAGGGCGUCGCGUACGUGACAGGGAAGCGUUUCGAAGAUAUUGGCCAAGAAAUCCCAGUCGGACGAAUGGGCGAGGCCCCGGACAUGGCAGGUCUGGCCAUUUUCUUGGCCUCCAAGGCGUCAGGAUGGAUCUCUGGCCAAGUUAUCACGACCGAUGGCGGCAUGGUUGGCGCUGCAGAGACCGGGGUGGGUCCAUCCAAGCUAUAGAUUGUCAUAUGGCAUUUUACCACGAUAAUGUGUCAAAACUCGGAUAAAACAGAAAUUGAUAUAAAACAGCGGUUUUAUGGGCACCACACUAAUCUAGUGUUGUCAACCCUAAAUUGAAGCUGAUUGUUUACAUGACG